GGUAGGUGAACUUUUUUUUCUUCUCUCUUCUCCCCCCCUUUCAGAAGUAGCUACAGUAGUUUUGUAAAAGUCUAUGAAGCUAACUAAUAGACCAACAGGAUGAAAUGGCCGCGAUGGUGGAAAGCGGUGGAGGCUUCCUUCAAAAGCGAAACACAAAUACCGGACAAGACUCCCAGCAGCCCUCUCCUUUAGCUCUGUUGGCAGCGACCUGUAGUAGAAUCGACACCCCAGGCGAGAGUGACUCCGGCUCCGAACAACAGUUAGACCUAAGCCAAGCCCAGCUGACCCAGACAGCCAAUGGGAGCUGGCAGAUCAUCCCUGUCAGUCUCGGUAGCUCCAGUGGUUCCAACACCAUCACCACCGACUCCACUGGCAUGGUCAUGACCGCGAGCGACUCAGGGAAGAAUAGGGGGCAACAGGUGUUGACGUCGGUCUCCAGUGGGCACCAAGGACAGCAGCAGUAUGUGCUGUCCUCAGCUCCUUCUCUACAGGGCCAGCAGGUCCUCACCAUGUCUGGGGGCCAGGUUGUGUCCAUGCCCAACAUCCAUUACCAGGUGAUCCCUCAGUUCCAGACGGUGGAUGGCCAGCAUCUACAGUUUGCCCAGGCAGGGGUGCAGCAGGACCCGAAUGCAGCUGGGGCAGGACAGUUCCAGCUCGUCUCCUCGCCUAACGGGGGUCAGCAGCUGGUUAGAACAGGGAGUGGAGGAAAUAUCCUAACCAUGCCUGCCGGGGUCCUACAGCAAGCCAUCCCCCUACAGAACCUCGGUCUGGGUAACAGCGUCCUGCAGAACAACCAGGGCCAGUUCCAAUUGGCUAAUAUGCCUGGUCUCCUAAAUGGCAAUAUCACCCUCCUUCCGGUCAGUGCAGCUAGUGGGUCUGAAGGGGACGGAGGCUCUAACCAGCAGCUGAUGCAGCAGGUAGUGUCAACCUCUGGCACGUACUAUACCAACUCAACCACCACCACCACUCAGACAGGCACCUCGUAUGGAGGCAUGACACAGCAGACUCAGAGCACCAACGGCUUCCAGAAUUCUGGUGUCGGGAUCCCCAUCCAGCCAGACAAUAGAGAUCAGCCACAGCAGCUCCUCAUUCAACCCCAGCAGCUCAUCCAAGGAGGGACCUCGCUGCAGACAAUCUCAGCUGGGGGACAGGUGUUCGCGACCCCGACGCUUACCCAGGAUGCCCUGCAGAACCUGCAAAUUCAGACCCUCCCCAACACCUCUCCCAUCCUGCUGAGGACCGUCGGGCUCAACGGACAGGUGAGCUGGCAGACCCUCCAGCUGCAGAGCCCAGCGGGGACCCAGAUCACCCUGGCCCCCAUGCAGGGUCUCUCUCAGCUGGGCCAGGCCCAGGGAGGUACCAUGCAACUCCCUGGCCUGCACACCAUCAACCUCAACACACUGCAGAACUCUGGUUUACAGAUGCACCAGCUACAAGGAGUCCCCAUCACCAUCUCUAACACAGCUGGAGACCAGGGUUUGCAGGCCGGGGGAGACAGUCUGGAUGACGGCACAGUCAUGGAGGAGGGAGACACGUCCCCCCAGCCUCAGAACCGCCGAACACGCAGGGAAGCCUGCACCUGUCCCUUCUGCAAGGACGGGGAGGCCAGAGAUCCCAAUAAGAAGAAGCAGCAUAUCUGUCACAUGCCAGGUUGUGGGAAGGUGUACGGUAAGACAUCUCACCUGAGAGCUCACCUUCGCUGGCACACUGGAGAACGACCCUUCGUCUGUGGCUGGUCCUUCUGUGGGAAGAAAUUCACUCGCUCAGACGAACUGCAACGCCACAAGAGGACACACACAGGUGAGAAGAAGUUCACGUGUACGGAGUGUCCAAAGCGCUUCAUGCGCAGCGACCACCUCUCCAAACACCUCAAGACCCACCUCAACAAGAAAGGAGCCACCGGUGGCGCUGUGACCUCCGAUAACUCCGCCCCUCAGUCGGGUGGAGGCGGAGCCACAGAUGGCGGGGCCGGGGGUGUGGUCAAUGACCAACACGCCCUCAUUGCCAUGGAGACACUGUCGCCCGAGGGCAUCGCCCGAUUGGCCAGCAGCGGCAUCAACGUGAUGCAGGUGGCUGACCUGCACUCCAUCAACAGUAAUGGAUAUUGAUUACUGAUUGGUUGAUUGGAUGUGGGGAUCAGGACGGUAGUGGAGCAGCGGACAUUGAUCUAUAAGGGCUAUAUGUUUCUAGAUUAUAUACAGUAAAACUAAGGGCUAAUAAUAGGAAGGGAGGGGAGAGCUCUGUUUAGAUAUUUUUGAGAGCUGAGACAGGAUCCAGGGAGUCCCUUCAGAUAAACUGCUAUGGUGCAUUUCCAUGACCUUACCCAUUUCAUUGGCUGUGAGUCGGGUGGAGAGCAGUCUAGAUGUUAGUUACCUAGAUCUGAUCGAUGAUGGAAGGGAAUGAAUGGUACUACUACAGUGGUUGUCCUAGUAACACAUUCACAAAGGCUCCUUCCCUGGAACACAAUACAAAUCCAUCACUUCCAAUCUCUAUUUGUACAUAACGCAGAAACGCACUACUGCUACUCAGUCCCCCCCCUCUCUCAGGUCUCUUCUUGUCCAACCCCCCUCUGUCUGGGUAUAGUGCAGUAUACACCAGGGAUAACUUCAGUACUGUACUAGCUGGUUGAGUGGGUUGGGCCUUCGCCUGGUCUCUCACACCUUCUCUUGUCUAGCCCGGUAUCACCGUUGGUUCUUUCUCAUUGGAGGCCAGUGUGGAUGGGGGAGGGGCUCAUGGUUAUUUGGUCACUAGUGACUUCUGGGGCCUGUUCAGGAGGAUGUAACGUUACACAACGUUCAGAUGGUGUAGAAAAAAAGGAAAUGGCUCUUUGUUUCUUUUUUCUAUUUGUAUCUGCAGCGUUUGGCACGUUUCAUGUCCCUGAAUCCAGCCCAGCCCCAGAAGCAUUAAUCAGCAGGGAGGGGGGAGGGACACAAUCACCUACAUGGGGUCCUGGUCAAAAGUAGCGUACUAAACAGGGACACAAAUCUAAAAUCGUCAUGAAAUAUCUCCUUGUUUUUUGCCUUUUUAUAUGAUUAUAUAGGUACACACUCAAGCCAUCCUGCUUUGAUACGUUUAUCAUAGCAACAAAAAACAAAACAUUUGGGACAAGUCUUUUUGUAUGUACAUAUGUUUUUUUUUCUCUUUCGUGUAAAGCUACGGAAAUUCUUAGCAUAGGAAGGAUCAACUGAACUUUAUAUGGUUGCAAGAGAUUGCCUUUCUGUUGUGAGUCUCUCAUACACAAUCAAUCUUAAACUUCUAUUCUAAACUUUUAUAUAAAUGUAGAUUUUGUUUAAACUAUUUCAAAAGUGUUCUGUCUAUAGAAUGAACUAUGUAUGUAUUCAACAGUCCAGUCCCAGUACAUAUGAUUUACUUCUCUGGUAUAUUUGUCAAUUUGCUUCAUACUCAAGUUCUUUCUCUGAUGCAUUUGGAUAUCAAAUUCUUCCUUGACAACUUUAACCCUUUUUUUGUCUUAUUUCCAAAUAAUGCAAAAAAACUAACAAUUCAGCUAAAACCAAAAAUCCAUAUUCUGUUUUAAGAGAACUGUGGAAUGGAAGGUUUCGUCAUCAGUUCUAGACAGUCAAUAUAACCUGGCUCUGGACCUGGUAGUAUUACAGCUUAGGUUUCUGCAUCAUGGUUGCAAAAGAUCGGUAACAUUCCUCGGUUAAUGAAAUCUUGUUAGGUAUUCCUGGAUUUCCUGCUUACGCAAUCCCUUUUCCAGGAAUUUAACUCUUCUGGAAAACCACAUUUAUACAACCCUACUUCUGUAACAGCAUUGGCCUGCAUGUUUUGGAAGAAAGUACUGAUUUAUUACGUAAACAGCAUCAUUAGGUUGUCUCAAACAGAAAGCCAGGGUCGAUCAAACGUUAAGCUUGACCUCGUCACUAUUUUAAUCCAGUCAGUUUCAGUAGUGUGGUCAGUCACAGAUGUAUUGAAGACUGACUAGCUGGGGUUCUAAGUGUGCAUCAAAUGGCACCCUAUUCCCUAUGUAGUACUAUGGGGCCCUGGUCAAUAGUAGUGCCCUAGAGGGAGUAGGGUGCCAUUUUUAGAUACAUUUGAAGAGGGUUAAGUACUUAACUCCCUUUUGACUUUAUGUCCACUUCGAGCUUGAUCAACUACAAGUUGUGGGAAAUGUAUUUGAAUGCAUUGUUUCAGUAUUUGAUUUGUACUCCUAUCCUUGCGAUUUAGUUCAGACAAGUGCCCUUAAUGUUUAUUUCAUUUAAAAAGGGAGUUUUUUUUUUGAAUGUUAUUACUACAAAUGCCAACAGCUGGAUUAAAAAUUAUGAAUACAAAA